AACUCAGGGUUUCUCGCAGGCCUCGUUUGACGCAUUUGCCAGCCGCUCUCUGGGCUCGAAUUGGUUUUCAAGAAUUCUCAAAUACCAAUUCAACUCAGACCACGCGCCUCAACUUAGGGUUUCUCGCAGACCUCGAUUGACGCGUUUGCUAGCCGCUCUCAGGGCUCGUUCAGGCGUUCGCCUACCACCGUCUCCGGGAUCGUUUAGGUUCGGGGCUCGUUCAGGCUCGGGUUCGUUCAGGCGUUCGCCUUGCACCGUCGCAGGGCUCGUUUUCAGGGUUCUCUGAAGGCGUCUCCCAGGCGUCUCUCAAGGCGACUCUCAAGGCGUCUCCCAGGCGCCAUGCCGGGCGCGGGAAGCGGAGGAGGAGGGGGAGGCGGGGGGCUGCGCGUGAGCACGCUGAACGGCGUGAAGGUGUACAACGUGUCGGGGGGCAAGGCCGUGCCGGAAUGGAUCUCGGACAAAAAGAAACGCGCGCUGAGGAAGGAUGAAGACUAUCUUUGCCGCAUCGAGCUCAUCCAGGACUUGGAGUUCAAAGUCGCUUCUACACGGAUCAAGGCGUCUCGCGACGGCAAAUACCUUCUGGCCUCAGGCGUGUACCCCCCUCAAGUGCGUGUCUACGAGCUCGCAGAGCUCUCUCUCAAAUUCGAGCGCAACCUGGACUCAGAAAUUGUUGACUUCCAGGUGCUGACAGAUGACUACAGCAAGAUUGCCUUUCUGUGUGCCGACCGGUCCGUGUGCUUCCAUGCCAAGUUCGGGGCUUACUUUAAGACACGCAUCCCCAGGAUGGGUCGUGGCCUGGCGUACGACCCGGCAUCGUGCGACCUGCUGCUUGCUGCCUCCUCGCCUGAGAUCUACCGCAUAAACUUGGAACAGGGUCAGUUCCAGCAGUCGCUGCAGUCGCGGUCGCCAGCAGUCAAUGUAAUCGGCCGAAGCCCCUCCCACGGGCUGAUCGCGUGUGGGGGGGAGGACGGCGCCCUGGAGUGCUUCGACAACCGCCAAGCCACCGCUGUCUCCCGCAUCGAUGCCGUUGGGGCCACUGGGAAUGCCGAGCAGCAAGUGACGGCGGUGCGCUUUGAGGACACCGAGGGGAUGCACGUGGCAGUGGGCACGAGCACAGGGCAGGUGCUGCUGUACGACCUUCGCUCCUCCAAGCCCUACCGGAUAAAGGACCACAUGUACGGCAGUCCAAUUCACAGCAUCAAGUGGCACAGGGGCAUAGCAGGGUCGUCGCAGCACAUCAUUUCAACGGACAAGCGCAUCAUCAAGAUCUGGAGCCCCACAACGGGCGCCAACGUCACAAGCGUGGAGCCGACCGAGCCGGGCGGCAUCAAUGACGCGUGUGUGAUGCGGGGGAGCGGGCUGAUCGUGACCGCCAUGGACUCGCCGCGCAUGCAGGCCUACUUCAUACCCUCGCUCGGGCCUGCACCCCGCUGGUGCUCCUUCCUUGAGAAUAUCACCGAGGAAUUGGAGGAGGGCGGAGCAGCGAUGUACGAUGACUACAAGUUCGUGACGAGGGAGGAGCUGCACGCCCUCAGGCUCACAGAGCUUCUGGGCACCAACCUGCUGAGGCCCUUCAUGCACGGCUUCUUCCUGCACUCAAGGCUCUACCACAAGGCCAAGUCCAUAGCAGACCCAUUUGCAUGGGACACGUAUCGCCAGCAGAAAGUGAAGGAGAAGAUAGAGGCGCAGAGGGCCAGCCGCAUAUCGAUGCAGAAGAAGCUGCCCAAGGUGAACGCCAAGCUGGCCGCACAGCUGAUGCAGCAGAGUGGGGGGGCGCAGGAGGAGGAGGAGGAGGAUGAGGAGGUGGAGGAAGAGGAGGAGGGGGCGGGUGGGAAGGCGAGGAAGCAGCGCAAGGCUGCUGCAAGUGCACUGGCGGACCCGCGUUUUGCAUCCCUGUUCACGGAUCAGGCCUUUCAAGUGGACGAGGACUCUCACGAGUACAUGGCUCUGCACGGGGGCAUGCGGGGGGGAGCAGAGGAGAGGCGGCAGCAGCAGAAGCGAGACAAAGAGCUCCUGGAGGAGCACUUUGAGAUGGUGGAAGGGGAGGAGGAUGAGGAAGACGAGGAUGGGGAUGAGGGAGAGAGGGGAGGAGAGGACGAGGAGGAAGAGGAGGAGGAGGACGAGGAGGAGGAAGAGGAGCAUGAGGAGGAGGAGAGGGGUGGAAGGGGUAAGAGGAAGCUGGUGCACGGGAGGGAGGAGCAGGGUGGGGCGCGGAAGAGAGGAGUGAAGGAGCCAAGGCUGUACGAAGCGCGGGACGACACGCAUGCAGCAGCCUUCAGAAACCGACAAAGUCUUGCCGCCCAGAAGAACCUGCCCCUGGAGGACAGAAUCGCGCAGCUCCCGUCUUCUAGCGGUCAAGUUGCCGCCCAGGGCGGUUCUGUACGGAGGGCGGGCGGCGCUGUUGAGUUCACUGUAGCACUGCAGUCAAGGAGAAGAGGGGGGAGAGGAGGGCUAUAAUUUCCUGGUAGGCCGAGGUGGGACAUGCUGGUAUCUCUGGGAAGAUUGAAGGAGAAAGGAGGGGAGGGAGGGGUGAGAGAAGCGGGGUUGGAAUAGCCUCUGAGUUGAUUGAGCUGCUGUUGUUUGAGUUGGAACAUGAGAGAAUCUGGAUUGUGGCGAGUGUUGGUACGAGAAUCACCUCAUCAAGUGUUCUUUGCGUGUCGCUGUGUGUAACUCGAUCAACCUCUGGAAACACCCAGGGGUGAUUUGUUUUUAGUACUACUCUGGUCCUUCACACAUAUGUUCUGGUACUUGAAUGGUGUGAAACAGAAUUGAUGAGCAAUUCG